AUGACGACGAAUCUCGUUGAAUGCAUUAAUUCUGUUUUAAAAGGUGCCCACAAUUUGCCUAUCACAGCACUUAUAAGAGCCACUUACUUCUGGCUGGCACAGUUAUUUGCACAUAAGGGAAGUGAGGCAUAUGCACGGAAGAAUGUUAGACAUUUGUUCUCAGAAAAUAUUACAAGUUGUCUUCAAUUAAACGAGCAUGGCUCAAGAAAGCUUCGUGUCACGCAGUUUGACAGACGCAAUGAGGCUUUUCAUGUUCAUGAUUUAUCCAACAACGAAGAAUAUCGAGUUCAUCUGAGACGAAGUUAUUGUGACUGUGGAAACUUGCAAACUGAUCGAUAUCCAUGCCACCACGUAAUUGUUGCUUCUUAUAGUCAAAAUAUUGUUUGGCAUGUUUAUGUGAAUGAAGUCUAUACCAUCAAUCAAGUAUGUAAAGUUUACAAAAAAGAAUUUGGGGUUGUAGGGAAUGAAUCAAAGUGGCACAAAUACCGAGGUCCCAAGCUCUGUCCCAACCCCGCCUUAAAGCGUACUUUGAAAGGACGUCCCAAAUCAACUCGUUUUAUUAAUGAAAUGGAUAUGAGACAAAUGAGGCGAGCACCACACUGUAGUCUAUGUUGA